AUGGAGGUUAGAGUGACCAGCUCGACUACGACUGCAGCAACCACAACUGUCCUCGAUGAGCUGUUUGCAGCUUCCGGAGAUCCGGUCACUGUCGUAUCAGAUUAUGGACGACAAUUUGUAUCUGAAGAAUUUCAGCAAGUCUUGCGUCAAAGUGGAGUGAAACAUCAUAAGCUAUCGGCACCGUACCAUCCAGUCACCAAUGGCCAAGCGGAGAGGCAUGUGCAGACCGUGAAGGACUCGCAGUACAGGAAGGCCCAACACUCCACUACAAAACAGCCACGUGCCCAGCUGUUCUUGAACCGAGUACUACGUACUCGACUGGAUCUGGUGAGACCCGACUCAACUAAAACUCGAAUUACCGAGAAACAGCAAGCGACUUUCAACUCGACCUAUAGAGUUUUUAAGGAAGGACAAACUGUUUACUUUAUCUCGGGUAACACUCGCUUAAAUAGAUGGAUUCCAGGAGUCAUCGUCAAGAGACUUGGUAACCUGCACUACGAAAUACAAGGCAGUGACAAGAUUUACAAAUGUCAUGUGGACCAGAUCCGAGUUUAUCAUCAAGAGCUUGGAGCUCCAGAAGAAUCAGUGGAAGAACCAGUACCAGAGUCUGCAGCGGAAGAAAAGUACAAGCAACGUACACAUUACUACGAACAGCCAGCUGCUCCGCUUCGACGUCACAACCAGCAGCCGAUCCCAGAGGUACCGAUACCUACAACACCACCAAGGACUCCACCACAAGAGAUACCGCCACGGGGAACUCCACCCCCCGAAAUUGACCAUGCACCUGUCGAACCAAACUGCAUCGAAAGGGACUAUGCUCAGGGCACUAACAAGGCAAUAAUUAAACUUUUGAAGACAAAUAAUCAAGAACAAGGAAAUAUGUACGAUGACAAUACACUUGGUCUUGAUGAGGAGCCAGUUAAAGCCACAAUUAAAUGA